AUGACUCUUGAUAAACUCUUAGAUACUACACAUUCCGCAAACACAUACCACCCCCUCCUCAAAUCAAUAGAGACUACUUCUAGCUAUGAGUUGGUUCUUGCACUAUCCUUACACGCUGACCCAAACCUCCCAUGGUGUUCACUUGAAAAUGCCAACCUCGUCAAAUCCAUAAUGUCUAACUUCGACUACCAACCAUAUAUCCCACAAUUGAUCCGCCACUUCAAGUCAUCACUGAAAAGGAUCCAACGUACAGCCUUGAACAAGCACAUCCUGCUUGGGGAGGAAAAUCUUGGGGUUAUUUCCCAGGCAUGGUUCUUGGUGGACUACGCGUACACCCAGGAAAUAUGCAUACUAGCUAUGUUGCUAGUAGUUGAUGUUCUCACCACGUACUCCGUGCCAGGCAAGAUCCAGGGAUUCAAAUUGCUUUCCCACUUGCCGGAAUUGCACCACCCAUUGCUCCCGCAAGUAAGAUCUGCUGCAUCUAAAUGUCUUGUUCAUGUUCCACCAAUAACCCCCAUUGCCCACUCCCUUCCAUUGCUAGAAGAAGCCUACCAUUGGGUGUACAAGCUUAACCAGACAACCCCCGAUUACAUCCAGACCAUCGCCACAAUCUUAUCCACCAUCAACACCCCGGCCAGACCGUUCCUCUUGCAACAACUAUCCAAAUAUACCCGCCGCGUAUCCACUGACGUGUUUAUCAGCACAUCAAAGAUCUUCUACGCCCUUAACAAUAUCCUCGUCAGUCUCGACAUCACCCCUGAAGAAGUGGCCUUGGCCUUAACUAUCCAGAACGAUAUCAUCAACCUCAACCACAAGUUCGUCCUUACCUACGCUUACGACUUUAUCGGUGCCUGGUCAAUCCUACUGAGACGCCACCCUGGCAAGUUUGCGGACCAGUUGAAACGCAACAUCUCUAGUCUACAGAAACUCGCAAAUAAUAACGAUAUCGAUACCCUAUGUACAUAUAUAGCAAUCUAA